AUGCGUUGGACGCUGUCGGCAGUGGCAGCCGCUGCCUCUGCGGCGCUGCUGCUUUCGGCCGCCACAGCAACCUUUGGACACGCUGCAGGCAUCAACGGAUCCAACCCUGCCUACAUAGACUACUACCGAAAUGGCCUUGUCAGCAAGCUCUCGGAUCGCCCACCCAACUGCCCGCCAUGCCCCGAGCCCGACUGCUUCAACUGCCAGCUGCCCGCCUACGACUGCGCCCAGUUUGGCGAUUGCAAUCAGUAUGACGGGACGUGCUCAUGCCCCACAGGUUUCGGCGGUCAGGACUGCCUCUCUCCGUUGUGCGGUAGUCCCGCUGACGGCAAGGAGCGCUACCCGCGGCGCCCCGACGAGGAGCGAUGCCAGUGCUCCGAGGGCUGGGACGGCCUCAACUGCAACGUGUGCAAGACCGAUGCGGCCUGCGCGGACAUGACGCUCGGAGGCGAGAGGCUUGGAGAGAACGGCACCUGCUACGACGGAGGCUUCACCAUCAAGCAGUCGUUCCAGGAGUGCGACGUCACCAACCGCAAAAUCACCGACAUGCUGCCGGACCGCAAGCCCCAGGUCACGUUCAGCUGCCUCAAGGACGACGAGACAUGCAACUUUCAGUUUUGGAUCGGAGGCCGCGAGAGCUUUUAUUGCGGGCUCGACCGCUGCACCGAGACGCUCGACAUGCAGCCGGGCUCCAACCGCACCCGGCACACGUGCGAAAAGGUGCGCUGCAGCUGCAUCCCCGGACGCAUGCUCUGCGGAGAGUCGGGCAGCAUCGACAUCUCCGAGUUCCUCUCUGAAGAGAUCAAGGGGCCCGGCUCAAUGACCUGCAAGACCGACGGCUCCGGCGCGCGCAAGUGCCGCUUCGAGGAGCCCGGCAUGAACUCGCUCAUAUCGGACGUCUUUGGCGACGAGGCCAUCUUCCUCAGCUGCGGCUCGGGCGAGUGCGUCCACUAUAGCCAGGUGCCCGGCUACGAGGCGCCCAUCGCACCCAAGCGGCCCAUUGUCUGGGUCAUUGUCAGCGCCAUCAGCGCCAUCGUUGUCGUCGUGCUCACCGUCGGCAUGCUCUGGGCCCUCGGACGCCAUUACAAGGACGACGACCUCCGCCUCGGCGCAGUCCGCCUGCCCCAGGAGGAGGCCGACCUGAUGAAGGAUCACAUCCCUGCUGCGCUCCACUGGGAGAACAUCGGGUACCGCGUCGGCCAAAAGGCGUUGCUGCAGGGCAUCGACGGAUCCGUCCAGCCGGGUCAGGUCAUGGCCAUCGUCGGCGCGAGCGGCGCUGGCAAGACGACCUUCCUCGACCUUCUCGCGCGGCGCGACAAGCGCGGCGUCACGUCGGGCACCGUCCUCGUCAAUGGCCGCCAGCUCAGCGACUCAGACUUUAAGCGCGUCGUCGGCUUCGUCGACCAGGAGGACCUCCUGAUGGAGACGCUCACCGUCUACGAGACCGUUCUCUACUCGGCGCUGCUGCGGUUGCCGCGCGACAUGUCUCUGGAGGCCAAGAAGUUCCGCACCCUCGAGACGAUGCAGGAGCUCGGCAUCCUCGGGAUCAAGGACAGCCGCAUCGGCGGCAGCAGCUUCUCGGCCGGCGGCAGCAAGGAGGGUCGCGGCAUCAGCGGUGGCGAGAAGCGCCGCGUCUCGAUCGCCUGCGAGCUGGUCACCAGCCCCAGCAUCCUCUUCUGCGACGAACCCACUAGCGGCCUCGACGCCUACAACGCCUACAACGUCGUCCAGUCGCUCGUGACGCUGGCCCGCACCUACAACCGCACCGUUGUCUUUUCCAUCCACCAGCCUCGCUCCAACAUCGUGGCGCUCUUUGACAGGCUGCUGCUGCUGGCCGAAGGUCGGACCGUCUACUCGGGCCCCUUCACCGAGUGCGCUGGGUAUUUCGAGCGUGUCGGGCACCCUUGCCCUUCUGGCUUCAACAUCGCCGACUUCCUGAUCGACCUCACGGCACGACGUUCCGUGACCGGCGCAGCGGCCAACGGCGAGAGCGGCGCGAUCGUCGGCGAUGACGAAGACGACGACACGACAGCGCAGGACACUUCGUCCUCCGCGCGGCCCUCGUACUCGUCCACACCUGGGCGCGACGAAGAAGCAGGCACAGCCACCGACACGCAGGACUCGACGGAGCUUCAGACGCGGCCGUCGUCGCUCCAGGAUGGCGAUGGCAGCGUUGGAGGCACGCUGCGCAAGAGGACCAGCCGCCUCGCCGAUGGCCUCCGCAACGCCUUCACCAACGGCAAUGGGAACGGCAGCGACGUCGCCAUGCCUAAGUUAAGCAGCCGCCGCCUCUCGAAGCUGGUCCACGAGUUUGCCAAGAGUGACAUCGCGCGUCGCAAUGCCGGCGAGAUGGAUGCGUUCCUGGGCCGCACCAGCGAAGAGGCCGACGGCGCGGCGACGGGGCCCGCUCCGGUCAAUGACCUGCCAGACAUCUCCAGGCAGAAUCGCCUCCACAAGUCGUUCAAGAAGGCGAGCCUGUGGACCCAAUUCACCAUCCUCAGUGGCAGGGCCUUCAAGAACCUCUACCGCGACCCGAUCCUCAUGUUUGCGCACUUUGCCCUGGCGAUCCUGCUGGCGUUGUUCUGCGGAGUCCUCUACCGGGGCAUCACCAACGACAUCUCGGGCUUCCAGAAUCGCCUCGGCCUCUUCUUCUUUGUGCUAUCGUUGUUCGCCUUCAGCACGCUCACCUCGCUCACCGUCUUUGCCAACGAGCGAGCCCUGUUUGUCCGGGAGCGGAGCAACGGAUACUACUCGCCGCUGACCUACUUUACCUCCAAGCUCCUAUUCGACAUCCUGCCGCUGCGGAUCAUCCCGCCAUUCCUGUUCGGUGGCUGCGUCUACUUCCUCGUUGGGCUGGUGCCGGGCGUGGCCGAGUUCUGGAAGUUCAUCUUGACCCUGGUGCUCUUCUCGCUCGCGGCGUCGUCGGCCGUCUUUUUCAUCUCGAUCGCCAUCAAGGACACGGGGCUCGCCAACCUGGUGGGCAGCCUGACGAUGCUCUUCAGCCUGCUCUUUGCCGGCCUGCUCAUCAACCGCGACCGGAUCCCAGGGUACCUGCGGUGGCUGCAGCACCUCAGCUUCUUCCACGCCGCCUACGAGGCGCUGAUUGUCAACGAGUUGAGGAAUCUGAGCCUCAAGGAGCACAAGUACGGCAUCGACAUCGAGGUGCCGGCGGCCAGCGUCAUUUCGACAUUUGGCUUCAACUCGCAGGCCUUCUGGUGGCCCGACAUUGCCACGCUCGCCAUCCAGUUCUCGGUCCUGGUCGGCCUAUCGCUCCUCUGGCUCGUCCUCUUUGUCAAGGAGAGGAAGUGA